AUGGACGGCCUCACAGUGAGGUGGACGUACAACUCCUCACACGAUCCUUUGGAGGCCGAUUUCCAGAUUGGACAGGACGGGCACAAUAUUGUCCCACAUGCGAUAGUUAAACUUAACAUCAGCUCUAUUGGGUUUCAGGCUGAGGAUGUUACAGGCCUUCUGGGUCCGUCUGCAUUCGUGAGGAUAUGGAACGCCGACUGGAUAGACAUCUCGAGGGUUAAGGAACUCGCCAAAGUCACUGGCUUCACACUUACCACUUUAACUACCAUUGUGAAUAUGACAUCGUCGGUGCCCCGUACUACUACUACCAGACCUGGAACCGCGACUGGCACCUCAGUCUCAAAUGGCUCCCUGUCGACCACAGAACCGCCCAAGAUGACGGUGACGCUGACAGCCAUUCCCGAUCCUAUGCUGGAGGAAAGCAGUCAGGGAUUGUCCACAAGUGCGAAGGCAGGAAUUGGGGUCGGUGUGUCCGUUGGGGCAAUCAUGGUUAUCGCAGCCGCUGCCUUUCUUUUCGUGAGGAACCGUAGGAAGCAGGGAACUAGUGAGGAUGUUCGACAUGAGCUACCAUCUGAGCUACCUGGUACACCCACUCCAAAGAAAGCAGUAGUCCUGUCUGAACCUGCAGAGCUCCAGUCAACAUCAACCACAAAGCAUGAAUCUUAUGAACUGCCUGUAUAA